AUGCCUCGUUCUAUGUCUCGACGCGCUUGUGACCGCUGCCACAACCUCAAGGAACGCUGUUACUGGGAGCAAGACACCGAAACCAGUUGUGCCCGCUGUCGUCGCUUGGGCUUCCAGUGCCUGAACAAACGUCCAUUAAAGAAAGCUGGCCGCCCGCGCUUAGCUGCAAAGCUAGUGCGAGUGUCGAUCACAAAAGGUCAUCGUGACUCGUCGUCACCAAGUCCUAAUGACACCGACCUCACUUGCCUGACCAGUCCAGUUCUCCCCCGCCCUUUAUCACCGUUCGAUGACCUCUCCACGUUAGAGAGACAGGUGUUUCAGAACUUGCUUCUCAGCGAUGCCUCAAUGGACCGUUGGCUGGUUGGCCCAAGCUUCAGGGAGAGACAUCGCCAGUUACUUGUCUCACACUUUAUCGCUUCGCGAUACACCUUGCGGGACGCUUUCCUUGCAGUCGCUCUAGCCAGCGAGUGUCAGUCAACUACUGAGUGUUACAAGUAUGCUUCAUUAGCACUGCAGAAGUUGCGAAACUACAGCGUGAGGACGGAAGAAGGUGUUUCGGAAUGCCUGGCCUUGGGAGGAUUGAUCAUAUCGUUUACCUACUAUUGCUCAGCAUCACCCAAUUCUGUGCCUAUAUGUAAACAGACCCUGGGUUUGGUGAGAGAAACAUACGAGUUGAGCCAUGAUUUGAAUCCCGACAAGCUGGUCUUCCUAUCCUGUCUCAUCCUACCCGAGAUCCUCAACUGUUUGAUGGCUGGGUCCCUCCCAUCUCUGAGGUUUCGGUAUUUGCCUGAAUUCGACCAUCAUGUCGAUCGUUACGUCGGAAUCUUUGCUCCAUUGCUUCCACAUCUGUACGAUAUUUGCGAAAUCAACAAUACUCUAUCCCUGGAUGAUAUGGAUGAUUUCCCCUAUAAGCUGGAGGCUCUGGGGGCUCUCGACCGAACUGAACGACUCGUCAAAGCCUGGAAGCCACACUUGCCACGAAGCUUCUCUCAACACUCCUCUGCUGCCGAGGUCUCACAGAUACUUUGCCAGGCACAGGUUACAAAGCUGGGAGUUCUGCUCUUAGCACACCGACUGCGUCAUCCAUUUGGCACCAACAACGAACCAGCGAUUGCUGUGGCUACCUCUAUCCUGGAACAAUUGGACAUUAUACAAGCUGCCACCAAUAAAAGCGUUCUGAACAUUACACUACCUUUAAUAGCAGCGUGUUUCGAAGUGAGAGAUGAGGAACAGAGGGAGACAUGGUUCUCAAAGAUUCCCAGGCUAGUCGGCCAAUCGCCGGGAUUUUCAAAAUAUGUGCAGGGUGUCGUCAAGACGUUCUGGAAAGCACUGGACCAUUUUGGAAUAAUGUCUUGGUAUAAUAUCGAGAAUGUACUUUCUCUCUACGAACGAGAUGCUUGA